GUCAUACACAGCAUUGUUAAUGACAGGGUUCCCAGAAGGACCACCACAUCUGGAGCUUUAAGCUUGAGAACAUGGGGUUCUGCAGCAUGUUGCUCUUAUCCAAUAUCCUCCUAACUGCAUGGCUUUCCACUGCUAAAGGGGAAGUGAAAUCUUGUGAAUUUCCACAAUUCAAAUAUGGACGUCUGUAUUAUGAAGAGAUCCUGAGACCCAACUUCCCAGUAUCUAUAGGAAAUAAGUACAGCUAUAAGUGUGACAACGGGUUUUCACCACCUUCUGGGAUUUUCUGGGACUACCUUCGUUGCACAGUACAAGGGUGGGAGCCUGAAGUCCCAUGCGUCAGGAAAUGUGUUUUCCAUUAUGUGGAGAAUGGACAAUCUGCAUACUGGGAAAAAAUAUAUGUGCAGGGUCAGUCUUUAAAAGUCCAGUGUUACAAUGGCUAUAGUCUUCAAAAUGGUCAAGACACAAUGACAUGUACAGAGAAUGGCUGGUCCCCUCCUCCCAAAUGCAUCCGUAUCAAGACAUGUUCAGUAUCAGAUAUAGAAAUUGAGAAUGGGUUUUUUUCUGAAUCUUUUCGUACAUAUGCUCUAAAUAGAGAAACAUCCUAUAGAUGUAAACAGGGAUAUGUGACAAAUACUGGAGAAACAUCAGGAUCAAUAACUUGCCUUCAAAAUGGAUGGUCACCUCAACCCUCAUGCAUUAAGUCUUGUGAAAGACCAGUAUUUGAGAAUUCUGUAACUAAGAAUAAUAGUACAUGGUUUAAGCUCAAUGACAAAUUAGACUAUGAAUGUCUCAUUGGAUAUGAAAAUGAAUAUAAACAUACCAAAGGCUCUAUAACGUGUACUUAUUAUGGAUGGUCUGAUACGCCCUCAUGUUAUGAAAUAGAAUGCAGCGUUCCCAUUCUAGACCGAAAACUAGUCGUUUCUCCCAGAAAAGAAAAAUACAGAGUUGGAGAUUUGUUGGAAUUCUCCUGCCGUUCAGGACACAGAGUUGGGCCAGAUUCAGUGCAAUGCUACCACUUUGGAUGGUCUCCUAGUUUCCCUACAUGUAAAGCAGGUCAAGUAGCAUCAUGUGCACAACCUCCUGAAAUUCCUAAUGGGGAAAUUAAUGGAGCAAAAAGAGUUGAAUACAGCCAUGGUGAGGUGGUGGGAUAUGAUUGCAAACCUAGAUUCCUACUGAAGGGACCCAAUAAAAUCCAGUGUGUUGAUGGGAUGUGGACAACCUUGCCUGUAUGUGUUGAGGAGGAGAGAACAUGUGGAGACAUUCCUGAACUUGAACAUGGCUCUGUCAAGUUUUCUGUCCCUCCCUACCACCAUGGAGAUUCAGUGGAGUUCACUUGUGCAGAAACCUUCACAAUGAUUGGACUUGGGUCAGUUUUUUGCCUUAGUGGAAAGUGGACCCAGCUUCCUAAAUGUGUUGCAACAGACCAACUGGAGAAGUGUAGAGUGCUGAAGUCAACUGACAUAGAAGCAAUUAAACCAAAAAGAAAAGAAUUUCAGCAUAACUCCACCAUGUAUUACAAAUGUAGAGACAAGCAGGAGUAUGAACACUCCAUCUGUAUCAAUGGAAAAUGGAAUCCUGAACCAAACUGUAUAAGGAAAAUAUCCUGCCCUCCUCCACCACAGAUUCCAAAUACCCAAGUGAUUGAAACCACUGUGAAAUACUUGGAUGGAGAAAAAUUAUCUGUUCUUUGCCAAGACAAUUACCUAACUCAGGACCCAGAAGAAAUGAUGUGCAAAGAUGGAAGGUGGCAGUCAUUACCUCACUGCAUUGAAAAAAUCCCAUGUUCCCAGCCCCCUACAAUAGAACAUGGAUCUAUUAAAUUACCCAGAACAUCUGAAAAAAGGAGAAAAUCCAUUGAGUUCAGCAGUCAUGAACAUGGAACUACAUUCAGCUAUGUCUGUGAUGAUGGUUUCAGGAUACCUGAAGAAAAUGGGGUAGCCUGCUACAUGGGAAAAUGGAGCACUCCACCUCGCUGUGUUGGACUUCCUUGUGGACCUCCACCUUCAAUUCCUCUUGGUACUGUUUCUCUUGAGCUAGAGAGUUACCAACAUGGGGAAGAGGUUACAUACCAUUGUUCUACAGGCUUUGGAAUUGAUGGACCAGCACUUAUUAAAUGUGAAGGAGGAAAGUGGUCUGACCCACCAAAAUGCAUAAAAACGGAUUGUGACAUUUUACCCACAAUUGAAAAUGCCAUAAUAAGAGGAAAGAACAAAAAAUCAUAUAGGACAGGAGAACAAGUGACAGUCAGAUGUCAAUCUCCUUAUCAAAUGAAUGGCUCAGACACUGUGACAUGUAUUAAUGGCCGGUGGAUUGGAAAGCCAGUAUGCAAAGACUCAAGAGGGAAAUGUGGGCCUCCUCCACCUAUUGACAAUGGAGACAUCACCUCCUUGUCAUUACCAGAAUAUGAACCAUUCUCAUCAGUUGACUAUCAGUGCCAGAAGUAUUAUCUCCUUAAGGGAAAGAAGACAAUAACAUGUAGAAAUGGAAAGUGGUCUGAGCCACCAACCUGCUUACAUGCAUGUAUAAUACCAGAAAACAUUAUGGAAGCACGCAAAAUAAUUCUUAAAUGGAGACACACUAAAAAUAUUUAUUCCCAUUCAGGGGAGGAUAUUGAAUUUGAAUGUAAAUAUGGAUAUCAUAAAGCAAGAGGAUCACCGCCAUUUCGUACAAAGUGCAUUAGUGGCACCAUCAAUUAUCCCAUUUGUGAAUAAAAUUGUAAUACAUUUAUUAAUUGAUUUUAUUGUUUAGAAAUGCACAAGCAUGUCACUAAUAUACUUUCAAUUUGCAUUUGAAAUAUUGUUUAACUCAUGUCUUCUCAUAAAUAUAAACAUUUUUUUAUAUAGUGAUUAAUUUUUAACUUUAAAGAUGAUUGCCAAAAUGCAAAUGC